AUGGCGGGAUCUCGCUUGCCGUCGUUCCCCUCCCUCUCGCGGCAUCCCGCGUUCCGCAAGCUCAUUCUCCCAAUCCCGACCCUCCUCGCCAAGGAAAUCUAUCCAGCUUUCCCUUGGUCUUCUUCUCUCCUCCUCCCCCUGCGCCUCCUCCUCGCUCCUCCUCUCCUCGCCCACCUCAAACCCCGUCCUAAAAACUCGCCGCUCCCCAAAACCUGCACCACUCUCCUCUUCCCUCCUCCCCCCCCCUCCCUCCCCUCCCCGCUCCUCAUCCUCCCUCUCCCCUCUCAGCCUCUCCUCCCUUCCCCGCCCGCCGACCUCCUCCUCUCCUCCUCCGGCCGCGCCCCUCCUCCGUCCCCUUCUCCUCCCCACCCACUUCAAGCCGCCUCCCCUGCCCUCUCCUCCCACCCCUCCUCCCUCCCUCCGCCCUCAUCCCUCCUCCGCUCUUACCACCUCCCCUCCCUCCGCUCCUUCAACAUCCUCAUCUCCGCCUUCGCCCGCUCCGUAGCCAUGCCUGCUCCCUCUUCAACUCCAUCUCCGAGACCCCCCAACCUCGCCCCGGACGCCGAGACGCUGGUCGACAGGCCCACUGGGGCCACUACCGGCACCGCCCUCCAGUGUAGACGACGGGGAUCACUACUCUACCCUCGGGAGGGGCUGGGGAUACAGUUAGUGGAGAAUAAGGCCAAGGGGUGCGAACCGCCGGACGCCGGGCAUACGACCACGCUCGUCCCGGUAUAG